UGUACUCAGCUAAUCUUAAUAAUAUGUUAAUCUAAUCAGAAUUGCCAUCGAAAAAUAUUAUUACUGUUUGUUUGAUCGAAACAACUUGAACUCUCUGCAAAAUAGUUGUGUUUCUGCUUUUUACGCGUUGGGUAGUGAUUCUUGGUGUACUGAAACAUGUUUUUAGCGCUUUUGAUAGGCCUACUGACGUUGCUCAUAAUCGGUGAUUACUUGAAGAAAAGGCGACAUAAUGAGAUUUUCAAGACAAAUGGUCUCAAAUCUGUUUCAAGUCUGCCAAUUUUGGGGGCGGCACAUCAUCUCAUCAAUCAAACGCCAGCGGAUAUGAUCGAGUUCACCGGCGAAGUGCUUAAAAAUAACGGCAAAACCUGUAAUUUGUGGCUUUUAAAUCAAGCGACUAUUUUGACAGCAGAUCCCAUAUUUAUGGAGCCCGUGCUGAGCAGUCAAAAAUUGUUAACGAAAAAUAAUCUUUACGGACUGCUGACGCCAUGGUUGCGUGAGGGUUUGCUGCUAAGCACUGGCCCCAAAUGGCACAGUCGCCGAAAGAUCAUUACGCCUUCAUUUCAUUUCAAAAUUUUGGAAGAUUUCGUUGGGGUUUUCGAUCAGCAGAGCAAUGUUAUGAUAGAUUUGCUGAGGGAAAAGGCGGAUGGUGAGACUGUGGUGAAUUUAUAUCCGUUUGUUUGUGCGAUGGCGUUGGAUGUUAUCGCGGAAACCGCUAUGGGUGUGAAGAUCAACGCACAGUUACAACCAGAUUUACCGUACGUUAAAGCGGUGCGAACUGUCUCCUCCAUCACUUCGGAGCGUUUUCUAUCAAUAUUGCAGCGGUUCGAUUUCUGGUUUUGGCUCACUGCUCCCGUUGGUUAUAAGCAACUACACAGUAGCAUUCGGCUAAUGCACGAUUUCACUGGCAAUGUUAUCGAAGAACGACGAAAAGUACUCGAACAAAAUAUCAAAAAUAAUGUCACACAAACUAAGUUAUCCGACGCCGACGAAGAUAUUGGACGCAAGAAACAUACAGCUUUCUUGGACAUGUUGUUGCAAGCGGAGACCAAAGGUCAACCACUCUCCAACACGGAUAUACGUGAGGAAGUGGACACAUUCAUGUUUGAGGGCCACGAUACCACAACUAGCGGUAUUUCGUUCACUUGUUAUCUGCUCUCGCGUCACCCGGCCGUCCAGCAGAAGGUGUUCGAGGAAAUACGCGCCGUGAUCGGUGAUGAUAAGCAGCGAUCAAUCACAUUACGCGAUCUACAAGAACUAAAAUACCUGGAAUGCGUUAUAAAGGAAUCGAUGCGACUGUUUCCACCAGUGCCCUCGAUUGGACGUCAUAUUGAGCAGGAUAUUUAUUUGGAUGGCAAACUCUACCCCGCCGAUACCAAUGUGACUAUUCUGACUUAUCACGCAUUGCGUGAUCCUUUGUAUUUCAAGGACCCCGAAGAAUUUUUACCGGAACGUUUUUAUAGCGAUAAUAUUGAAAAAAAUAACACAUUUGCCUAUGUUCCCUUCAGCGCGGGUCCACGUAAUUGUGUCGGUCAAAAAUUCGCCAUGCUCGAGAUGAAGAGCACGAUUUGUAAGAUUUUGCGUCACUAUGAGCUGUUCCCACAGGGGGAGGAGGUGCGACCUUUGAUGAAUUUGGUUCUGGUCUCUUCAAAUGGUGUAAAUAUGGGUUUACGCCCGAGGAAAUAUGAUUAGUGCCUUAUGGGAAUUGUUAAUAUUUUCAAUCGAAAAAUUCAUUUUUAAAGAUGAGAGAAACAUUUCUGAAAUUUUUUGUCGAAAAUUCUUGAACUCGUACCGUUAUAUGUUAUGUAAAUUGU